CUGGUCUGGUCUGGCCUGUGCUGGCCUGGCCUGUGCUGGUCUGGUCUGUUCUGGUCUGGUCUGUGUGUAACAGGCCUGUUGUGUCAGAGACAGAGUGUGAGAAUAAACAGCAGAAAGCAGAAGUGAGUUUACACCAGUUUAACACGAACAUCGUUCCCUCGACUGGUCUGAGAAACAUGGUCACAGUCUGCUCUGGGUCAGGGUGUGUUGUGUUGUGUUGUGUGUUGAUGUGUGGUGUGUGUGGUGUGUGAUGUGUAUUGUGUUGUGUGUUGAUGUGUGGUGUGUGGUGUGUGAUGUGUAUUGUGUUGUGUUGUUGUGUGUUGAUGUGUGGUGUGUGUGUUGUGUUGUUGUGUGUUGAUGUGUGGUGUGUGUGAUGUGUAUUGUGUUGUGAGAAGUGUGUUAUCUUCAGUCUUCAGUCGUCCAUCUUGUUUCCUUCCUCUUUUUCUUUGUUCCUCUUUUUAUCAUUUUACCAUUAAAGGUUAUUUUUUAUGUUGAGAAUUGAGACCAGCUCAUAGUCAGACCUGGACCCAGACUCAGGUCCAGACCUGGACUCUGAGACUCUGACACCUGUCUCCUGUCACUCUGGACCAGGUGCAGCAGACUCCUCUGCUCCUCCACCUGAGGGAGGGGAUCAGGUCCAGGUGUGGUCCAGGUUCAGACCCAGGUACCAAACAGGACUGUUUCACAGACAGAGCGUCACCCUGUCUGACCUUUGACCUUUACCCCCCAGCUCUGAUGCAGCGAGUCUUCCUGCUGUGGGAGGAGGUGGAGGAGGAGGAGGAGGAGGAGGUGCAUCGUAGCUCAGGUGCAUCAGGUGCAGCAUCACCUGAUGUGUGAAACAGCUUCACCCUCUCACAGCGAGGCAGCGGCCGUGAGAGGGUGAGGGAGGAGGGAGGAGGGAGAACAGGAAGUGAAGCUGAAGGCGUCGCUCUGCUGCUCAGACUGACAUUCAGUCGUCAUCCAGACAACAUGAAGACUCCGUCUGUGUCUCUGCUCCUCGGUGUGUCUGUGCUGCUGCUGUCUGGACUGACUGUUUCUGCAGUCUCUCUGAAUGUCAGUCCAAACCGUCUCCAGUUCUUUAAAGGAGAGUCCGUCUCUCUGAGAUGUGAGGGACAGGUGGUCUCUGAUGGACAGACAGUAAAGAGGACCAGAGGAGGACAGACUGAGGACUGUGGACCAGCUUCAGGAUUUGGGAGGUUUGAUGGUUCCUCCUGUAACAUCUCUGGUCUCAGUCUCUCAGACUCUGGAGGUUACUGGUGUGAAGACAGAGCUGAUCAGAUCAACAUCAGUGUCAUUAACACAGUAACUGAUAAAGCAGGUGUUCCAGUUAUUCUGGAGAUCCCUGCACUUCCUGUGAUGACAGGAAGUGAUGUCACUCUGCGCUGUAGAGAUAAAGACAACAACAGAUUCAAGGCUUUUUUCUUCAGGGAUGGUAAAGACCUUGGAUCUGGACCUGAUGGAGAACUCCCCCUCAGUAAAGUCCAACAGUCUCAUGAAGGUCUCUACUGGUGUUACAGAAACAAAGGUUUUGACUCUCCUCAGAGCAGACUGAGGGUCAGAGACUCCUCCUUCUCCUCCCUCCUCCUCCCAGUUGUAGCAGCUCUGGGCUCUCUGGUUCUCCUGGUCCUGGUCCUGGUUGGUCUUGUGCUGUGGUGGAGGAAACAAACAGGACCGACUCCUUCACCUGCUCCAGAUGAUGUCACCUACUGUGAUGUCACUGUGAGACACACAGCCAAUAGGAAAGACAAACACUCUGCUGCUGAAGACACAGUCUACUCUGGAGUGAGGACACACACUGCAGGUCCUGCUGACGUCACCUACGGGGACAUCGUCAUCAGAUCUCAGAGGAAAGCAGGAAGGAGGACUGAAUCACCAGCUGAUCCUGAUGUUGUGUAUUCAUCAGUCAGAGCAGAGGAGACACUGCAGCUUCCUUCACCAAAGGACAGAAUGACGUCCCAUGAUGCCUUGCAGCAGCAGCAGCAGAUCCACGUGUAGAAACAGCAGAGCUCCUGUUUUCUGUUUGAGACUCAGAAACUGAUGAAAUCCUUCCUCCUCUAACAAUCAUUUCCUCUUCUUAACAAACGUAUAAAAAGGUCAAAGGUCAGAACAGGAGAUUCUGACUUUCUGUCUGAAGAUAAAUCACUCUGAACCGGAACCUGAGGAACAGGAACCUGAA